CGGUGGGAAGCAGCCCAAGCUGUUGCUGCCCAGAGACACCCCCCCCCCCCCCGGCUGCAGCCUGCGCAGCCCAGGGAAGGGUCUGGGGGCUGCGGGCAGAACCUGGUCCCUCCAGCUCUCCCGCUGCCAGCGUCCAGCGUGGGCGAGGUAGUGGUGGAGGUUGGCUGAGAAGAACCGGGCGUGCUGCUGCGCUGGACCACCAAGCAGCAGCCAUGGGCUACCAGGAACAGCUACCGGUCAUUCCGGUCAUUCCGCUGCAGAGAAAUUUAGGUGACAGAGAGACCCUGGUUUCCAAUCAAGAGAAUAAAGGGAAAACUUACCAGUCCGCUGCUGUUUUUAAUGUUGUCAACUCCAUUAUAGGUUCUGGUAUAAUAGGAUUGCCUUAUUCGAUGAAGCAAGCUGGAUUUCCUUUGGGAAUACUACUUUUAUUCUGGGUUUCAUAUGUUACAGACUUCUCCCUCAUUCUGUUGAUAAAAGGGGGUACCCUCUCUGGAACAGACACUUACCAGUCUUUGGUUAACAAGACCUUCGGCCUUCCAGGAUAUCUCCUGCUUUCUACCCUGCAGUUUCUGUAUCCUUUCAUAGCUAUGAUAAGCUACAACAUAAUAGCUGGAGAUACUUUGGGAAAAGUUUUUCAAAGAAUCCCAGGAGUUGAUCCAGAAAACUGGUUUAUUGGUCGCCACUUCAUUAUUAUACUUUCCACAGUUACAUUUAUUCUGCCUUUGUCCUUGUACCGAGAUAUAGCAAAGCUUGGAAAGAUCUCCUUUAUUUCUACAGUUUUAACAACUUUGAUUGUUGGAAUUGUGAUGACAAGGGUAGUUUCAUUGGGUCCAUACAUACCCAAAACAGAAGAUGCCUGGGUAUUUGCCAAGCCCAAUGCUAUUCAGGCUGUUGGGGUGAUGUCUUUUGCAUUUAUUUGCCACCACAACUGCUUCUUAGUUUAUGGUUCCUUGGAAGAGCCCACAGUAGCUAAGUGGUCCCGCAUUAUCCAUAUGUCUGUCUUGGUGUCUGCAUUUAUCUGUAUGCUCUUUGCGACAUGUGGAUACAUAACAUUCACUGGCUUUACUCAAGGAGACUUAUUUGAAAAUUAUUGCAGAAGUGAUGACCUGGUGACAUUUGGCAGGUUUUGUUAUGGUAUCACUGUCAUCUUGACGUACCCAAUUGAAUGCUUUGUGACUAGAGAGGUAAUUGCCAAUGUGUUUUUUGGUGGGACUCUCUCCUCCGUUUUCCACAUUGCUGUGACAGUGGUCAUCAUUAUGGUAGCAAUGGUGGUGUCAUUGCUGAUUGAUUGCCUUGGGAUAGUUUUAGAGCUCAAUGGUGUACUUUGUGCAGCUCCGCUAAUUUUUAUCAUUCCAUCAGCCUGUUAUCUGAAACUAUCUGAAGAACCAAGGACACAUUCAGAUAAGAUUAUGUCCUGUCUCAUGCUUCCCAUGGGUGCCGUGGUCAUGGUUUUCGGGUUUAUAAUGGCUGUCACAAAUUCUCAAGACUGUACCCAUGGGCAUGAACUGUUUUACUGCUUUCCCGACAAUUUUUCCCUUACAAACAUCUCAGAUUCUCAUUUACAACUGACAACAGAACUUUCGCUUUUAAAUAUCAGUAUCUUUCAGUGAAUGUUUGCUUUUAAAAACAUGUCUGUUUUCCUAGAUUUUUAAAUUGCAUCAUGAUAUUCAUUUGUUUACCUUUAUUGUAUUAUAAAAUCAUCACUUUGGCAUUUAUCAAGACUUGGUUUUCCUUACUGUUGCAAUAUAGAAGAAGAAAAAUAUAAUGCAUUGUCCUUAAACGCUAAUAUAAGUGUUUUGUUCAAAAAGCUGUACUACACUAAAGCUAAUUGAAAAAGGAAAAGCAAGACUUUAGCAUCUGCUACUAAUCCCCUCAAAGCAUCAUUCCUUUUACUUAAAAUGUCAGCAACUUAUUGUGUUUCAAAGUAUGGAGCUUACAGUGAGUGGUGAUUUGGUCUAAGAAACCCUUAGGGAUUUUUUUUGAGGGAGGGGACAGUUUGAAUUCUGUAGAACUGAACUGAAGAAAAACUGAAGCUGUUACAAAGAAUAAGUAUCCCAAGAGCAAAGAGAAGCUGUCCAUUAUUACUUCAGGAGCAUCCUUGUUUAGCAAGAAGUGGAUCCCUGGAGAAAUGAGCAGUCCUCUACACGUUAAGAAACAUGAAUAAUAGACUAGACGUGUAGAACACGCUGUAUGGGGAAUCAAAAUUACCUCCCAACUCCUGCUGCCAUGGGACUAUUAUAUGUAGUGCUGUUAAAUAAAUAAUACAGAAGGAAACA